CACGAGGCUGUCGCUCCCUACAUGUGGGGACCUGGGGUCUGCCCACCAGGUUACAGAGCCCACACAGCAGGGGUCCCGGGCGUAUGGGACAGAGGACAUCUGGCCUGUGGCUUGACACCCCGCAGCAAGUGGGAACGAGAGCCCUUGGCUGGCGCAGGCUGAUGAGGACGCUGAGAGGUUCUGCUGUGUGGAAGAGAAGGAGCAGGAGAGGCCACAGCGGCAGCCGUAGUGGGAGAAGCUUCCAGGGGACGGCCUCAGCUCGGCCACCGUGGGCGGCGGGGAAGUGCUUCCAGAGGUGGAAGGUGUCCUCCGGGUGCUCCUGGAGGGAUGCCAUGGGCACCGAGAUGGGAGGCCCGGAGUACGCGCCCCAGAGCCCAGCUGGAGAGUCUCCACGACGCUGCCACUGGAUCUUACAGUAGGGGACUUGGGAACUCAGAGAAGCUGCAGAGACAGGACACUCCCGCCCUGGCGCUCUCGGGCUGCCGGCCACCCUUGCUGCCCACCAGAACUGCUCAGCAGCCCACGCCACCCUGGCCGGGUCCUUCCUGCUGCCUAGUUCCAGCGGCGCCUGCUGAGGUAGCACGGGGACCGUCCGUCCCCAACCUGAAAUCCUGGCGCUCUUCACUGAGGAGGGGCCCCCUCCCCUGGUGUGCCCCCUCCCUUAGUCUCCCUCCAGGCCUCCCCUGGCUGACCUCUAAGAGCCCAAGUCUCCAUGGAGCCCCAGCCAGCGUGCACCUGGCCCAGACCUGCACCCUUCCCGCCCCCGGKAGCCCACGGAGCAGGCCACAGCCUCGCAUCGCCAAGAGGAGCUUCUGCAAGUGGYUCUUGAGGCUGUUGAAACUAAAAGUAAAAACUUAAUUGAAAGUAUCACUGACUCCCAGAACCUGGGGAUGCUGCCCCAUUAGGGAACUCCUGAAGCGAAGAGUCGGAAAAGCCCUGAACACCAGCUGGGAAUACAGGGAAAGUUCAUCACACCACUCACAGAAUCACCCACCCAUCCACCCAGCCAUCCAUCCAUCCAUCCAUCCCCUCCUUUUGGCAUUUUGAAUAUAUCAGCCCACCUUCUGUCCUCCAAAGUUUCUGAUAAGAAAUCUGCUGAUAAUUUUAUGAUGAGUGCUGAAGACUGAACCCCUUGACCUCACACUUGCUAUGCAAGAGUUCUGCCACUGAGCUAUCAUCUACAACCACCAGAGUGGGAUCCUAAUUAUCCA